ACCAACUUGGACUUACUAACGAACUUGGGAUUAACCUAACCCUUUAUUUCAUCGUCUUUUCUUAAACGGGUGACGUAGCGGCGAUUUUAACUUUUCAUACUUCUCAGCAGCCGCCUAUCCGUGUUCAAUCCGCGUUCAAGCAGCCUAGGUGAAAGAGAGAAAAAAGCCGACGAAGAGGGAACGCGAGAGAUCAAGAUAGGUAGUGAAGUGAUUCUUCUUCAAGCUUGUCCAGCCUGCUGGCGUUGAAGGUCGUCCUAGGGCCCCAUCUUGUAUUAAUUACUGUAGUUUUCUGGUUUGAAAUUGCUUGUCGAAGCCAGUUGCCGCCGGAUCGGAGGUAGUCGUUUUUAGAAAGCUUCGAAUUUAAUCGGUUACUUUCAUUCCGAUUGUGUUUAGCGGUUUAAUUCGUCAGAACUGGUUAGGUUGGCCAUUCGCCAGAGUUUGUGACCCUGAACGAUCUCAGGGAUUUAAUUUUUGAGAUUCCUUCCUAGAAAAAGGAAUAGCGGUUGGGGAUAUAAUUCCCAAAAGAAUUGGUUUUUUGUUGAAUUGGCGGGAUUCUACGGAGAAGGAGAUGUUGUAACUUGAGUUUUGAAUCCUCUAUAUGAAUCAUGUCGACCUUAACCGUCAGAUUGUGAAGUAAUAUGGCACUGGUUCCCAGAUUCAAAAAUGACGUUUCACGUUGCUCGCGAGGCCCCAAAGUUAUGGCGGAGGAUCUGCAUGGAGACGAAGGUAGAACUCAGUCUCCUUGCCGAUAAGUGGAAGCUUCUUCUUGCCGGAAUAAUUUUCCAGUAUAUCCAUGGAUUAGCUGCUCGGGGAGUUCAUUAUUUUCAUCGACCAGGGCCGAUACUUCAGGAUGUUGGUUUCUUUCUUCUUCCGGAACUUGGGCAAGAUAAAGCUUACAUCAGUGAGGCGGUGUUCACCUUCGUCUUUGUUAACUUCUUUGUGUGGACUUUUCAUCCUUUCAUUUUCCAGAGUAAAAAAUUCCACACAGUUCUGCUGUGGUGCAGGGUCUUGGCAUUUCUAGUUGCUUCUCAAAUCCUCCGGAUCUUCUCAUUUUAUUCUACUCAGCUUCCUGGUCCAAACUAUCACUGUCGCGAGGGCUCAAAGUUUGCCAGGCUGCCCCGUCCAGAUAAUGUACUGGAGGUGCUUUUAAUUAAUUUUCCUCGGGGGGUGUUCUACGGUUGUGGUGAUUUGAUUUUUUCAUCUCACAUGAUCUUUACUCUAGUCUUCGUCCGCACGUAUCAGAAAUAUGGCACACGGAGGAGCAUCAAGCAACUUGCUUGGUUGAUUACUGUAAUUCAGAGCCUCUUGAUCAUAGCAUCUCGCAAGCAUUACACAGUUGACAUUGUUGUUGCAUGGUAUACUGUAAAUCUGGUGGUUUUCUUCGUGGAUAAGAAAUUGCCAGAACUCCCGGAUAGGACCAAUGCUUCAUUAUCUCCUUUGCUUCCGUUGAGUGGUAAAGACAAGGCAAGCAAAACUAAAGAAGAGCACCAUGUCCUCUUGAAUGGAAACUCUGGGGAUUCUGCAGAUUGGAGACAGAGAACACAAAUCAAUGGCAAGAUUUUAGAUGAUGGAAAUGCAGUCCACGCAGAUUCGGCUAUGAAUGGUAAAUAGUGGUUUUGCUGAGCUGAGUUGGAUGAUGUUAUCAGGACUGAUAUUUAAAACCAUGCAACCUCAACUUUGUGUGGACUGGUUUAGAUGUGGUAGACUUUGAUCUGUAUUCUAGAGGAAAUGGAAGUUUGAGUUAUUGUUAAUUUUCUUCAGUUAUGCUCCCUUAAUUUAUGGUUAUACCAUUCUAUCAUCACCUUGUAUGAUGCCA